CAAGCGUCCGCUGCCUAUGAUUUACACGUCCUGUAAAUAAAGAUAAUUUACAGCAUUUUUGCAGAAAUCAUGCAAGCAAAAGCCAUAAUGGAACGUCUACGUCGAUUCGACGCAUAUCCUAAAACACUGGAAGACUUUAGGAUAAAAACUUUUGGCGGGGCGACUGUGACAAUAAUCAGUGGAGUGUUGAUGUUUGUUUUGUUCAUUUCGGAAUUGAACUACUACUUGACAAAAGAAGUCCAGCCAGAAUUAUUUGUGGACAUUUCUCGAGGGAACUUGAAAAUGAAAAUCAACUUAAAUGUUACAUUCCAUAAUAUGCCUUGUGCUUUUUUGAGUAUUGAUGCCAUGGAUAUAUCAGGGGAGAAUCAAAUAGAUGUUGAUCAUAACUUAUAUAAACAACGUCUCAAGCUAAAUGGAGAAUUGGUGGAGGAUGAGCCAGAAAAACAAGAUUUAGGAGAUAAAUCAGAAGAAAUAGUAGAUGCAGUGAAACAAAAGCUUGACCCAGACAGAUGCGAGAGUUGUUAUGGAGCAGAAACAGAUGAUAAAAAAUGUUGUAAUACCUGUGAGGAAGUGAGGGAACAAUACAGAAAGAAGGGUUGGGCUUUGAGGGAGACUGAUAUCAUAGAGCAAUGUAAGAGAGAAGGAUGGUCGGAUAAAAUUAAAGCUCAACAGAAUGAAGGAUGUAGUGUUUACGGGUAUAUUGAAGUAAAUAAGGUUGGUGGUAAUUUUCAUAUGGCGCCAGGGAAAAGCUUCCAACAGCAUCAUGUUCAUGUCCAUGACUUACAAGCAUUAGGAGGAGCAAAGUAUAACACAUCUCACACCAUACACCAGCUGUCAUUUGGUGAGGAAUAUCCUGGUAAAAUUAAUCCUCUGGAUGGUCUAGUUCAGGUUGACGAGUCAACUCAAACAAUGUUCCAGUAUUUUAUCAAGAUUGUACCAACAACUUACACAAAUGUUGAUGGAGUGACUGUAGCUACUAACCAAUUUUCUGCCACAAAACAUUCAAAAGUCAUUGGUUUACUAGGAGACUCAGGUUUACCAGGAAUGUUUGUUACCUACGAACUUUCACCUAUGAUGGUUAAAUAUACAGAAAAAAGAAGAUCUUUUAUGCAUUUUCUCACAGGGGUAUGUGCAAUUAUAGGAGGAAUUUUCACAGUGGCUGGUCUUAUAGAUUCUAUGAUAUACCAUUCAGCACGUGCAUUACAGAAGAAAAUAGAGCUCGGAAAAGCAACCUGAUAACAGAUAUACAGUAUUAUUAUAUAUAGAUAUAUAUAUUCAAUUGUUUUUAUUAUAUUUUAUUAUUUAUCCAAAGUCAUGUUACAAACAUUCAUUUCACAAAAGUAUAAACAGCAAUACAUGUAGUAGCAAUCUGCAUGAACUUUGACCUUUUGAAGUUUUUCAAUAAAAAGAAUGACAUCAUUUAGAGAAAGCGACUCAUGUUGCACCUAGAUAUUCAUAUUACAUGUAAGGUGCAGAUAACACUUCCUAACACUGACAUUAACAAUGGAAAAUCCAUUCUUGUAUAUCAGACUGGUGUUUCCGUUACUUUUACCCAUGCUGGAAAUUUCAUCAACAUGGGAGUGCCAGGUGAGUUGCAUGCUUUAAAAUGAGGUCAAACAUAAUGCAUGUUGUGAAUGAACUGUGUUUGAGGCAAGCCUUAUAACCACUCAAUGGAUGGAUACCCUCUACAGUUAUUUCAAUCUGAACCACAACAUUUUAUGACAGAUAUUAUUAGUUUUAUAUAUAUAAAAAGAAAGAAAAUAUUACAAACAUAACCUAUUUUGAGUUUCUAUAAAUUGUUGUAGUUGUUUUUCAUAAUAAUAGAGAUCAAAUUAAGCUUUCAUAACAAAAUUAAUACAAAAAAGUUAAGUUUACAGUUCAAUCACGGUUUUAAUUAAAAACUGUCGUAAAAGCAAGUGAAUAUGAUGGCCACUGACCUUACUGACUUGACACAAGUGAUUUACAUUGUAGAUGUGUUUUAUUUCUAGUGUUAUACCUUAACCACACUAAAUAUCUUAAAAUUGAUUUGUCUGUCUAUCAAUCUGAACAAAACAAUUCAGCAUUUUUAAGGAAAAUUCCAAAAUAUCUUCUGACUAAAUAUGAAACAAUGAUUACCAUGAUCAGCCAGCAUGGACAUCUCCACUGGUUGCAU